CUUUCAGCCAUUCAGUUUUCGUUGUUCACUGUGGAUGCUGCGCUUGGACGUUCGAGCUUUUCGAUCGAGACUAUUUGCACCGAAGGGAACCAUUGUUUCUUCCUCCACUCUCGGCCACUGUUUUCUGGUUUGGUAAAGAAUAGUCUGUGUUUGAAAGAUUUUCAUUCGGAUUGUCCAAACGUCGUGCAGUGUAUGGAAGAGUGAAGUGGAACGUAUCCAGACCAGUUUUCUUUCGUUUCGUUUCGAAUCUUUGGACUAGUGAAAAAGGAUACCUACCAACACGUCGCCUGCAUUACUGUUAACUCCCAGCAGUGUGUGUAUAUGUAUGUGUGCGUGUAUGUGUUAAGGGGCUCCCCAGAUUCUUCGGUAAAUUAGUCCCGUUCGCAUACGGGCCGUAGCGUUCAGGCAAAGUACAUACAGUUUUCAGUGCAGUUGAGAACAUUUCAGUGUGUCCAGCGCACGAUAGUGACAGUAAGAUUUCAUCUGUGUGCAAAUCGACGUUUCGACAAGGGCUAUCAAUUGGCAUCUUUUGAACUCCAACAUUCGGAUUAAAAACGACUUUGGCCUUAGUCAGCAGUGAUGCAAAUGGCAAAAGUUUUUGUGAAGCUAAAUUAAUGCAAACGGUGAUGCAAAUGAGGUGGAACCUAGCGUGAACAGCGUGCGUAUAACAUUUGGCUGACAUUAUUGGACGUGGUCAAAGCAAUUUUCUGUAGUUAAAAUUCGUGUCCUAACUUGCAAAAAUCCGUGGCAAAAUCGCCCCAAAAGACAAAAAGUGAAGUCUGAUUUUUCUUUCACUGACCCUGAUACUGCACAUCAGUGGCAACGGGACGUCGAGAGAAAGAAAGGCUACGAAGCUAGGUGAACGUCAGUUAGAUAAAGAGCGAAAAUACAGAAACAAAAGCAACGCUCUAGAGCGAGUGAGAAAGACGAUCAAAAGGGGAGCUGUAAGUGUGGCAGCAGAGUGAAUGAGAAGGCAAACUGAAGAGCACAGCACGACGAAUAUCGAGAUUGUGCAGUAGUGUGCGUGAGACUGGUGAUUGGAAAAGUGAGUGAAGGAAAUUCAUACCUACCAACAAGAGCUAGGACACUAACGCAACGUUAUCGGAUAAAGCAGGAGAGAGAGAGGAGGGACUGUCGAAACGCAAGCAAAUAAAAGUUUUCCAUCGAAUCCAAGUAGUGCGUGGUUUUCUUGUUUCGUCGUCGUUAUUUCAUUGCUGGCCACCAUCGGAAAGGGUGCUCUCUGUACACGUUCUCAAGGCUGCCUCUGUCCGUGGGGUCCGCAAGUGAUUAUUUGUGAGGAAAUUCGAUUUCUGUAGUUCGUACGUACGAUAGCUGUGGUAUUGUGUUUGUGCAGUGAAUUACCACAGAGCCGUGUGUAAUUUUAUGCUAACCGUUUCGUUCGUGGUUACUGAAAUCCUAAGUGCAAUCUCGUCAAGUUUGUGAGACGUUUUAUUGUUUUUCGAGAAACUUUUUUUUAUCGUGAAAGUUAAAAUAAAACAAUCCGCCAGCGUUGCUGCAAGCAAAUACGUACACCAGUGGCAGUGCGCAAAUUUUGUUUUAACCGUGUCGUGCCAGUGCAUGCAAAGGAAAAUCGUACUACGGACUAAAAGAAGGAGGACCGUCUGUCGUGUUGCUAUCGGACGAAAGUGUGGAAAUUUUUUCACCGUCACACACGAAGUGGUUGCGAUAGGGAAAAAACACCCAACGUGAGACAAUAUGCUGAUUAAACUGGUGAAGGAAGACUUUCCGUGUCUGAAAAACGGGUUUAUAUAACAUUAUCUUCGUGCUAUCGAGUUUCUUCGAAUCUACUUCAACAAGAUGCACAGCGGUAGCUCCAUAUCUCCUAAACAUCCUGCCAUUCCAGUUUCAAUCGGAAUUGCAUCUCUUGUGCUGGAAGGAAGAUCAUCCGCACUCGAUGACAGUUCGAUCAAUGCUUCGGCUACAGUUUGUACCACCUCGAACCUGACUGUAGGCGGCCAUGGAACUGGCAGUGGUGGAGGAGCAGGCGGUGGAGCUUCAACAGGUUCUUCCGGGGCGGCAGGUGGCGACGAUGAGGAGGAUGGUGGGUUUUGUAGGCAGAGGCGUACGAGUGAGAGCACUGGGGGAGCGUCGUCGCUUCAACAGUGCAGUCUAAUGGCCAUCAAUGAAUCACAGAAAUCGUUAGCGAUGACCUGCUGUCACACACCCAACGAAACGCAACGAAUUAAUCUGAAGCUACAGCAAAUCCGUUCCUCCUGCCCGAGCACGAGCAAGAACGAGGUGCAGCAGCUGGUGACGGUGUCAGGCGAACCGAACCGUCUGUCAAGUGGUCGGAGCCAUGAAAGGGAAAUGUAUGAAUCAUUCCCUAAAGUGGUGUCACAGCACGAUCCAGUCGCCAGAGGGUCCUCGUCGUCAUCGUCAUCGGCUACAUCCUGGUAUUCGAACGAGCUUCCUAUCUCUACUGCUACCGCUGGUGUCGUCAUCUACAGUGGAUUCGAGAAAAUGAACGUCCUUGGUACCGUGUCACCGAUCAAGAAUCAUCCGAUCGGCAACAGCUUCAUAAACUUUUCCUCCUCCUCAUCGGUUUCUGCCGUACCAUCGUCGUCGGUCAGCUCUGCUCAGCCCCGCAAGCCAGCGUUAGGGUAUGCCGCCUCGAAGCAGCAAACGCCGUCGAGUCCACGCGAAGGACCACACUGUGAACAGUUUCUGAAGAAAAUCGGACUCACUAAACCGGAAACUGCUGAUGGACCGGAGCAUCACUGCAGCUAUCGUAACAAAUAUUGCCUUCGUUGGCAAGUUUAUUUCAAGCAGCUUUCGUCUAUCCUGACUAACGGUGAAGCAGUUUGCAUCGAGGUUUAUCUAGGUCCAGAAAACCAUACCAUCCUUUUGGAGCAAUGGAUUCUGAAGUUGGUAAUGACAAAAUCUCCUGCAACCAUGACCAUUCAAUCGCUGUGCGCGGCCAUACGUAGUCAACUAUACUUUUCGCAAAUUUCCGCCUGGACCGAUCUGAUAAAAAAAUCACUAGAACCGGACAUUUUCUCACAUCCACGCAUUAAAAAAAUAAUCCCUGCGGCAGUUUGUAAAGCUGGUGGUGGAUCUUCGUUUUCAUUGCCACAGGCAAAGCUCGACAUCCUGUUCCGCAUUCGAACAUACGACAAUACGGCGUGUUUUAACGAGAAACCGAAUGUGCACAACUUCCCUGAUGCGAGUGUGGCGGAAAAUUUCGUAAUUCAAGUCUGUCUGAAAAGCUUGCCACGACUGGAUCGCAUACCGGGUAUCAAUGCCGCGUUGGAUGCAGCGAAAAUGAUUGCAUGUUUGCAGAAGCAACAGCAAGUCGAUCGCAUACCUUUGCCAUGCCACGAGAAAGGUAAACAUCGUUGUGCUUUCCGUGUGGAGCUGGAGGAAGAGGAAGAUGAGUACGAUCCAUCAAUGGUGGAAGGAGUGGCUGAUGGCGAUUUAGCUGAUGGUGACGGUACCGAAGAUAGUUUGCUGCUAACAUCGGCCGCUAUUAGCCACCGCGAGAAACAGCUGCUGAAGUACCGCAAGAGAAUGUUGAAGCGUGAAAAGAAAAAGAAAUCAGGCGGUGCCGGAGAAGGAAACAGUAAUGGAAGCGCCACUAGUAGCAAUACUAGUAGCAGCGUAGGUGGAAGUGUCAGCGAUCGAAAUGGUUCAUCAACAGAUGGUUCGUCAUAUUUAUCAGCGAAGAGUUACGUCAGUGGCCAGGCUGGAACCAUUGGUCUCAACGUAGGAUCUAGAAACUCGUCCACCGUCGCAGGGUCUGUAGCAUUCAACAAUGUGGUUAGCGUGAACGCAAAUGAUGGAUGCAGUAACGGAACCUGUCGCAAUGCAUUAACAUCCUCGAUCAAUUCGAUUCAGCCACCGCUUUACUCUUCGAACGAUCAUCAACAGGCAAUGUUGAUAUGUGAUGACCGUUUUCAUCCAGUCGCUACCAACUCAAAAUCUACCCAAACUGUAACAUCGGGAUUGUCGGUCGAUAUGUUACCGCCGGUCGUGUCCGUGGCCACACAAACCGAUCCCACUGUUUUGGAGGCACCGGUUUGUAAUGAUUGCAAUAAUCGUGCACGGGAAAAAAAUGGAACUGCAUCUGAAUCCUCUACGAUGGUAGAUAACCCGGUACGGCAGGGUACGGAAGUUAGCCAAAACAUCAACCACGCUAGUAGCAGCAUUAGCAGCACAAACCGUGAUAGAUAUAUGCAAUAUUUUAACGAUUACUAUAGGACUUACAAUAUUAUCAAUGAAAACUGUGAUAAAGGUCCAGCAGCGCCUGAGACAUAUGUUAAACAGGCACGAAAUGAUGUACCGAUGGAUGAAGGUAACUCCUCCAGCGUUCAAAAACCAGGAGCAGAUUGUGCCGGGAUGAGCAGUUUUGAUAUGCCGAAUACCACUGUUCGUCGACCAUGUUUCAUUGUCGGUGGGGAUGGAUAUGACGGCGAUGAGGAUGAUGACAGCAAUACACAGAAAAGGAAUCGUGCAAUUGCAAAUGAUUCUCCCAUCCUUCAACAGGGAGAACUGCUCCUUCAAGCCAUUCAAAGAACUGCCAUGCUAAACGGGUCCGGAGAGCAACAUAACGAGCAGCAAGACAUUGCUAAAAACGGGCAUGGACAUACGGCUUUAAAUAACAACAAUUACACCACUGCAAACAAUAACAUCGUUGAGUGUGAAACAGUGAACGGUGGUAGUGGUGGAGUACAAGUUGCCAACAGCAUGCAGCAUGAUCAGCAGAUAGAAGCAAAGCAUAAGGAGAAGGACGACAGGGACAGUAUGAAAUUGGCAGCAAAAUGUGAAUCAAGCGAAUGUGAUACCUUCAGCAAGGAAAAGAAGCUAGAUUUAGGUGACUGUCGACUGUGCAAGCGACAAAAAACGAAGCAUAAUUUUAAACUAAACCUUACCACCCUGUUAUCCACGUCGUUAGCCCCUCCUACAGGGCCACCAGCCGUUUCGUUCUCCUCGAAGAAGGAGUCGGUGAAGAAAAAUAUGAUCACUACCAACACCGUGUUGGAUUGUGGAUCCACCCCGCCCGGUUGUCGAAGAACGCUGUCGGAGAGUCUAGUAGGACAUCUCACCAUUCCGGGCUCCUCUAGCACGGCGUCUGCGAUAAAUGGGCAUAGCGCAGCUAGGUGUGAAGGUAGUGAUGGUGAUGUUCAUUCUAUACAUGGGCUGAACGAGGACCAUGGUAUGCUCUAUCCCAACGGUGAAGAUCUUAGCCCGAGUGAUAGUCCAAUGCUGAGCAGCUCAACGGGCACAGUUGGAAAUGGUGUUUUUACCUUCGAGCAGAUGAAAUCUUACAGACGUGCGUUCUCCGAAGAUGUGAUUGACACGAUAACAACACUAGGGACCAGGUCGUACGCUAUCAAUGAUCGUAAUCAAGCUACCGAAGAGGACAGCACUGAGGAGGAUGGCAGCAACGGCGGUGAUAAUGAGAACGAUCAUGUAUUCUCGAAAGAGCGCACUUCACGCAAGGCAUGUGGUUAUGCUGCUGAUCAUCGUUUGACCAAUGAUGAACACUCACAUGUGUUGGGAACAAUAGGAAAAUGUAUACAUCAAAUUCCACGUUGUCAUCGACCACACACGUCGACACCAGCAGCAGCGAAUGAUAAAGAUUGUAAGGAACCACUCUACAUCAGCUGUUCUGAGACGGACUGUUCCGUAAGCACGGCGAGCAGCGUUUCACCGCAUAAAAAACAAAUUCUAAGCUGUACUGCAAUUGGAAAUAGCUCAUUUGCCGCUACCAGAUUAUCAUCGGAAGCUAACGCGGUCAAUAGGAAAGAGGAAUGUUGCAGUAGCAUAAAGCAGCAGCUUAUACAGCAAAAACCAUCCUCGAAAAUCAAUCUCAAUUACGUGUUUUGUUUAUCUCCUUUGGCACGCGAUGAUUCCGGUUUUACAAGUGGAAGCAGUCCGGCUACAUCGACCUCCUUCCCUGCAACAUCUCCAAUAGCGAUCGAUGGAGGUGGAACGUUUGGUCAUGGCACGAAAAGUGCGCGUAGUGUGAAUGGAGCGUUCAGUACCGGAUUAUUUCGUUAUGAUUUCGAGGAAAUUCCUGUCAGUCCCGUUACGGGCACGAUUAAAUCUAAAUCAGCUCCGGCAUUUCCGUUCUCGCCGCCAUCUGGUGGUGGUGCUCUUUCGCCACGCUUUUUACGAAACGCGCAACGUCAGUUUCAACAUCGUACACGUUAUCCUUCCGAGCGAUCUUCCUUCUCAGAGAGAUCAUCGAUCGGAUCGGAUGAGCAACUGUCGGAUGACGAUCUGUCAUCGUAUCUAUUGGAUUCAUCGAACGGUGGUAGUUAUUGUAGUCCGCUAUCGGGACACCAACUGCCGAUUGAGGAUGGUACCGUUGGGUCGGCAUUGAAGACGGGUCGUUAUACGGCACGUUCCCCCGCAUGUCUUCUACCAACGGCGCAGAUGUUGAGUAAGGUGUUGAACAGAAAUUUGUUCAAGUUUGGCCGUGCACCAAUGCUGGGAACGUUAGAAGAGUCAUUACUGCAGCGUCGUCUCGCACCAAAAUUCCAGGUCGCUGAUUUUAAGGUGCUGCUUGGCGCUUCUGGUAGCUUCUGUCCGACGCAGCUUACCAUACCGGCUGCAUCCUAUUUCUACGAGCUCCCUGGGCAACAUUUAACCACACCGUAUGUGUGUGAAUUACGUCUUCCAAGAAAGGGAUAUUCAAUACCGCGCACUGGCACCGUCCAAGCAACGUUGCUCAACCCGCUGGGAACGGUGGUGCGGAUGUUUGUCGUUCCGUACGAUUUUCGAGAUAUGCCAGCAAUGUCCACUACCUUCAUACGGCAGCGCAUACUCGCUUGCGACGACAGCAGCCUUAAACUGCUCGGCAAAAACAUCGAGCAACUUAGCAAUGCCGAACAAAUGAAACUGCUUCGUUAUGCGAUCCAUUUGCGGUUUCAAACAUCGCGAUCUGGAAAAUUGUCGCUUCAUACCGACAUCCGGUUGCUGAUAUCCCGCCGCACGGACUGUGAUACGGCCGCUGCCCAUGCGAAAAAUUUGCUCGAGUCCCCGAACGAACUGAAAGUGGUUACCAUUAUACCGGAUAGUCCCAAAUUUAGUUUACGUAUCGAUAAGCAGCAGUAACGUUUCUUCGCAAAAUUAUCACACAAGAAAGAGUGGCGCUCUCGAGAAAAGGAGUUCCCGACCGUAUUUGUUAGGCCGUCUCUAUCUAACGUUUUUGGGGAAGGCCACAGGCAUAUCUUCUCCUGCAACAAAACAGUUAAAGGAGAUUUAUUUUUCGUUUUCCUUUUCUUUUAUUUUAUUAAUCUUUCCUCGUACUGGUCGUUUGGUAUUAUUCGUGCAAAACUUUAUCCAUUAGGCAGUUUUACAUGUUUAUGCAAUUUUAUUUUAGCAAUAUGAAUUACAAUUUUCCAAAAGGUUUCUGUGUAUGUCAUACUCGUAUUUGUGUUAUUUAAUUUAUCAUUGAACAGAGUGUGAUCUCGUGCUCGAUUAGCUUACGGACUAAAAAAUGUGCAAAUCUCGUCACCUAAAAUGAGCGUUUUUUUUCUCCACUUCAUUAACCCAUUAACAGCAUUAUGUGGGCUUGUAAAUUUUUUAAAUUGAAUCAAAGUUUUGUUUCCCUACAAAAAAGAAGGGGUACUUUCGCAAUAGAGAGAAAUUUAACGUGUCACGAGUCAUUGUGAUGAGCAAAAACUUUAAAAUACGAAUAUUGAAGAGUCGAUUCGAAAUGAAAAAUCCGUUUGGCAAAUCUCGAGAAGUCGUUAAAACCAUCUGAAAGAUACAAGCAAUUGUGAUUAAUAGAUCGGUUUAGAUUUAUGCUGUGAUUGAUAAAAAAGCGUAAACGAUAUAUUAGAAACAAACGCAAACAUGUGUGUAUAUGCAAAUGGUGUGUAAGCAAUCAAACCGAAAAAAAGAUAACAAAAUCGAAAAGUUAUGAUAAAAAUUAUGAUCAUUCCGGAACAAAUGAAAAUACUUGCAACACAUUCUGCAAAUGAAAAGAACACAUAAAAAAGUGACAUCUAAAAUCGAUGAAAAGAAAAAAGUGUUUUGUUAGGAGAGCGUUUCAAACUCCUGAUUUAGGGACAGGAGAUGAACAAACGAUAAAACAAUUGUUGUAAAUAGGACGUUCUUUAAUGUGAUGCCAAGAAGAGAUCGAAAAUUAAAUCGAUCAUACGUUUCCUUUUUGUUUGUCAUGCAUGUUCACUUUGAUGAUGCUUAACAAUUAUUUCCGAGCUGCUACACCGUGUUAUAGUUGUAUUGAUUCAGUUAAUGUAUUUGUUUGGACAAUACGUUAUCUUCAUCCCUGUAUCGCUAAUGUUUGUUAAACGAGUGUAGAUGGAUAAGUGUAGAACAAGAGCAAUACUGUGAUGUUGUGUGUUGUUCAUCCAGUUAAUCCGAUUCGUAUUCCUUUUGAGCGAUAACCGAUUCAGUUUCUCUAGACCAGAGAGUUCAACCUUUGCGAAUGCGAUUUCCUUUCUUCUCUCCAUGUUAGUGAAAUGCUUGCGAUAAUAACGAUAUCCUAUCGAUGGUUAGUAAAAGAAAUGUUAUCGAAUGGGUAAUGAGCGACAUGCAUACAUAUUAGAUUGAACACACUGCCAUAUUAGCAGAAUGGGAGAAACACGAAAAUACAGCAUAAAAAUGCGCACUAGAGUGGCGUUAACAAUUCACACAAUCAGCUAAUCGAUUCAUGCGUUACAAGUUGUACUUUAAUAACGUAGCUAAAACUCGAUCUUAUAGAGCCUAAUGUUAUAAAAUGUCUAGAGCGGCAUCGAAUGGCGAUGCAACCAAUACCACGGGGCUCUAUUUGUAUGUAAUAAUGGUGCUUUUUCUCCUAGAUAAACAAAAGGCGAAUUAAUAGAUUCUUUUGUUAUUGUUCUUUUUGGACAAAAAAAUAACAAAACAAAUAUAAUUUUGUCAUUGGAAGCGAACAAUUUGAAAUGUAUGUUAAAGCCUGUAUGGAUGUUGAUCGUGUAAUACAUUCAUUAAACGAUCGAGCAUUGGUAUCACGCGUGAAGCAUGGAUUAGCCAAUUCAAAUUGUGUUCCCAUGCUUCAUGCACAGCGUGUUGUCGGCAGAAGAUGAAAAUGAUGAAUUGCUAGGAUGAAAACAUUGAUAACCGCCACCGAUAAGUUUGCGAUUCAAACUUGAAUGAUACACGCAUACAUAUACAUGGUACAGCACACAGCUAGAUACAUGAAACGCCGCAGGACCAGUAUGGAAACAUAAGGAGCACAUAAAAACAAACACAAGUAAACUAGUCACCGAACAUAGGAUCGAACCAUUUUAUUCACUGUGAAAGAGCGUACAUAUGUGUGAGCCAAUUCUUUACUUUUAACCACCGGAAUAAAAAAAAACGUCCACACGUUUCAAUUACCAUCCAAAUAGAUUUCCCGUUCGAAACAAGAAGUAUAGCAACUGUAAUGGAGAAUUUAAUUUGAUAUGCUCCUAAACCUUAAGCAACAAGAACGUGUGCUCUCAGCAUCGGGCAAAAUACGAUUCAAUGGUACGGCUCCGCCAUUAAGAAGUGUGGAUCUAUUUUAUGUAGCAUCUCCCUUACUCGUUGUAUAGUUUACGUUUUUCAAGCUGGUAGACGCGCUAACGCGUACAAAUAUCGUAGAAAUAGAAUGGAUAACACACGAAUUCAACUGCUGGAUCAGAGUGAAAGUUAAACCAAAAAUUAAGCAAACAUUAUACAAGGUAAAUGAAACAGUAGAAAAAUAGACGAAAAAAAAAAUCGAACCAGAGUCGAAGACAUUGUAGCAUUACAUAUUAACAACAUUGAAAGGGACAUGUGCGUUGAAGAUACGAUAGGCAAUCGAAAAGGGAAAAGAAAAUAAUACUAGAAAAAGCAAACACACCCACACAAACACACACAUAUAUGCGAGUGGAAUGCAAGAAAUGACGAAAAAAACAGAAUAACAAUAUACAUUUACUAUAUAUUUAUAUAUAUACAUUUUUUCAGAAAAGUAAUGAAAAAUAUUUAAUAAAGUAAUAAAGAAAAAUUGAAAAAUAAUUCACUAGAUGUUCAGUUAAACAUGAAAAUUAUAAA